AUCACACCAACUAACAACUGUCUCACUGCCAAACUUCAAAGAGCAGCUUACAAAUGGAAUUGCCAUUAAAUGAAACUGUUCAUUGUUAAGUUUCUGCAAAGAUGACACUUGGCCUGACAAUACGUAACAUCUUUAUAUAUGAACUGGAAGUCUUUUAUAUACAACAACCUCCACAGCACUUGCACAAGAGUGUUCAGCAGAUUGGUAUUUAUAUAGAAUGCUUGAUCUAGCCAUGCAAUCAGGACUCAUUUUAAGGUAGGCAGAUGCAGAAUAUUCUACCUGGGCACAAGGAAUAGAGGCUGUUCUUACAGAGCAGAAGACUGCACCCUUGGAAACUAUAACUUUUAAAAUAGAUUUGGUGGGUGUCAUGGACCUGCAGUGUAAUAGAAGCAUCAAGGAUGAUGCUAUGUAAAAAGAGCUAAUGAAAGCUACGAAAAGAUGCACUGUGGAGCAGAGAACCCAGUAGUAAAGGAGAUUUUUUUUCUGCAUGUGGCACUGGAAGACUGCCAUUAGAAAACCAUGUAUAGCUCCAGUGUUCACCUUUUCAGAAAAACAUUGAAAUUCUGGAAGAGACACAAAAUGAGAAACAAAAACGGUUAAAGAAUAUAUCCUCUAGAACGUGACUAAAAAAAGCACUAUCUGUUCAUUUUAUCAGAAAGCAAACUGAGAAGUAACUUGAUUACACUAAGUACCUUGAUGGAGAGAAAAUGCCGGUGCUAUGGGGCUUCUGAAUUCCACAAGGAAGUGAGUAGAACUGGUGUCUAAAAGGUGUAAGCCUGGAACAAUGAACAAUAAAUGAAGCACCAGGAUUUUUAAGCGUGAGUGAUAGUCUUUUAGAACAAGUGCUACAAAAAGACGAAGAUGAAGAAAAAUUCUUCAUUUUUCUGGAGAUCCUUGAAAUGUUACACUUAGCCAAGUACAAGAAAUUGGACUUUGCACACAAGUAUUAAAUACAAAAGAAAUUUUGAGUUUUGUCCCAUUCUUCUCAUGGAUAAUAGUGUCAGACUCUUACUUUACAUGUAGCCUCAGAAGGGUUGGUUCUGUUUCCAUUCUAAGGUCACUGGUUGCUCUUGUUGCUCUUGGAUUGUAUUGACCAUCAAGAACCUAAGAAAUAUAUUAUGUAAGAUACUAUAAAAACAAGACUACAAAAAACUACAAGUCUACAAAAGAAUCAGACUGAAAAAGAACAAGCCUGCGAACAGCCUGAAACACACUUGACACAAAACAGAUAUUACAGUGUGUACAAAUAAUAGCUCUUGGCUGAUAAACGGAAAGAAGUUUUAAGGUUGUUUGUACUGUCAUGAGAGCAUGUCUUGCAGAAUCACAGGUCUCCAUCAAAUUACUGUAGAUUUACUGAUGGCAUAUUAAUGGAACAUGGCAGGGAUAUGUGAGAUGUUAUUUACUAAUGGCUGAUAGAAUAAUUUCAUUCUAGAGUUCUGUUUUCUAGUCAUGAUGAAAAUCGUGUAAUCUUCCACGUCCCUAAAAAAGCUUCUGUCUGAGUUGGCAAGGAAAUGCUAAAAGAGUGUAAUUAAGUAACGAUGACCCUAAAGUGAAAUGUGGAUUCUUUACAAUAUACAAUGUCCUUCCCACCAGCCAUGUGUGUUUGUCAGAUGUUUAUAGAAUCUUCAUUAACUAAGAGCUUCGCUAGAUAACAGAAGCUGAAGCAUGGCAUCAAUGACUCAGAUAAGGGCAAGUGUACAACCAAUCUGCUUGACAACUGACAAGAGGCUGGGGUUUGAAGCAGACUGUGAAAAGAACACAAGAAAGUGAUUUGCAAAGGGCAUUCCAUCUGUUUGCCUUCCACCUCCUCUCCUCUGUCUGUAAAGAUUCAACAUUUUUAAUCAGUUAAAAUACUUAGUCCUUUUGUCUCUCCCUCAGAAAGUAAAUACAUAAGAAAUGCAUUAUUUUGGAGUAUUAGCUGCACUUUCGGUUUUCAAUAUAAUUGCCUGCCUGACAAGAGGCAAGCCUUUGGAAAACUGGGACAAGAUACCAGUUAUGGGAGAGUCUGAUACAUUCUUUCAUGAUCCUGGGGAAAUGGAAGAUGAGACCCAUUUUGACUUUAAAUCUUUCCUGGAGAAUAUGAAGACAGAAUUACUAAGAAGUUUGAAUUUAUCAAGGAUUCCCUCACAAGCGAAGACCAAAGAACCACCACCACAGUUCAUGAUUGAUUUAUACAACAGAUACACAGCGGACAAGUCCUCCAUUCCUGCAUCCAACAUCGUAAGGAGCUUCAGCACUGAAGAUGUUGUUUCUUUAACUUCACCAGAAGAAAACCCAUUUCAGAAACACAUCUUGCUGUUCAACAUCUCUAUUCCACGAUACGAGGAAAUCACCAGAGCUGAACUGAGAAUCUUUAUCUCCUGUCACAAGGAAGUUGGGUCUCCCUCCAGACUGGAAGGAAACAUGGUCAUUUAUGAUGUUCUAGAUGGAGACCAUUGGGAAAACAAAGAAAAUAGCAAAUCUUUGCUUGUCUCCCACAGUAUUCAGGAGUGUGGCUGGGAAAUGUUUGAAGUGUCCAGAGCUGUGAAAAGAUGGGUCAAGGCAGACAAGAUGAAGACUAAAAACAAGCUAGAGGUUGUUAUAGAGAGUAAGGCUCUGGGUGGUUUCCCUUGUGGGAAGCUGGAUAUCAGUGUUACUCGUGACACUAAAAAUCUGCCCCUGUUAGUAGUAUUCUCCAAUGAUCGCAGCAAUGGGACAAAAGAGACCAAAGUAGAGCUCCGGGAGAUGAUUGUUCAUGAGCAAGAAAAUGUGCUAGACAAAUUAGGAAAGAACAACUCUUCAUCUGAAGAAGAACAGAGAGAGGAAAAAGCCAUCACUAGGCCCCAUCAGCAUUCCUCCAGAAGCAAGAGAAGCAUUGGAGCAAACCACUGUCGGAGAACUUCGCUCCAUGUGAACUUUAAAGAGAUUGGUUGGGAUUCUUGGAUCAUUGCACCCAAAGAUUAUGAGGCUUUUGAGUGUAAAGGAGGUUGCUUCUUCCCUCUGACAGAUAAUGUUACGCCAACAAAACAUGCUAUUGUCCAGACUCUGGUGCAUCUCCAAAACCCAAAGAAAGCUUCCAAGGCUUGUUGUGUUCCAACUAAAUUGGAUUCAAUUUCUAUUCUUUAUAAGGAUGAUGCUGGUGUGCCCACUUUGAUAUAUAACUAUGAAGGGAUGAAAGUGGCAGAAUGUGGCUGCAGGUAGUAUAUGCAGAAUAUCUAUAAGAAGAAUAAUACUCUUUUCUGCUGUCUGUGAAACUGUACAUUAGUGAUGUAAAUGAAAAUCCUUGCAAAUAAGGUUUGGAGCACAGGAUGGUGCUGGUUGUUUGUUGUUGCUGCUUUUAAAGGAAAGCUGGCAUUUAAAGAAUGGCAAUCAUUGUAAAUAACCUGCAUUAUAUAUCAUUAAUUAAAAUUUUGUGAGAUUGAAAGAACUACGCAUUAUUUGGCCAGAGUGACAAAAGCCAAAAACUUAUUUGAAUUUUUCUGUUAAACCAGUUCUGUUCAGGUCACACGCAGUCUUUGGAAUUGAGGAUGUCUUUUAAAUUUCUAAUAGGCAUAGAAAUCUAACUCUCUCUGUCAGUUCUUACAUUCUUCUGUGUACUCACUGAACUGCAUACAGUUUGCAUGAUAAAACAGGAAGUCUAAAUCCUGCAAACCUUUUCUCACACCAGUAAUCUCAGAGACUUUUAAAAUCGUUUUAAUGCAAAGUAUUUACUCCUGAAAGUGAAGUUUUUAAAAUUUCUCAAACAGAUGACACACUCCAUCUCAUCUGAUUCCCAAGUUUCCUUCUGUGGGUAGCAGGUGCCUUGGUUUCAGCUUUCUUAUCCUUGGUGUCCCUAUUUUUACCCCUUUAUGGCACAUACUUGAAUGAUAAGAAGUACAGCCUUCCGCUUCCAAGACACUGUUUCCUAGGAGGAACAGCAGGCCUUAUCUCCUCACAAAGAUAAGGAGCCACUUUGACCUACUGCAUAUUCUUAGUAUUUCUUUGCAGGAACAUGCAGUCAAAUCACAUCCAGUCUUAGGAUCUGUACCCUAACAACUGUGGGGGUUGGCAGUGCUCAGCACUCAUGAAAAGAAAUAAACAAGCUAAUUUUUAGAGGCCUAUGUUCUUUGGAGUCUGGCACCAGGCACUGCUUAUUUUCUUUAUUUUUUCUUUAUUUUUUCUUAGGAUAAACGCUGUUUUACAUACAAAAUUCUUUCACUCUUUAGAAGUCUGGGAAAAAUUGAUAACUCCUUUUUUAAUGUUCUGGGGCACUUACAUUACUUUAGGAGAAAUACACUACCAGACAAUGGUUAUCCUGUCCUUACUUCUAUUUUCACUAAACAACAACUCCCAUGUUUCCUGCAACUAGGGAAAACUUUCUUCGAUUCUAAUGAAGGUUUUGCCUGUACAAGAAAAGACAGUGCUUUGCAUUGGUUUCAGGUGUGAUGGAAUGUGCCAUGUAAUGCCAUCAUAAUCCACUUUCUUCCUACUAUUCCACCUUCCAUCAAAAAAAUCUACCACUUUUAAUUCAAACCCACAGUGAACUACAUAUAUAUUCAAAAUAUUAAAUGUUAAUGAGACAAAAAUAUGCUUAAUAUGUGGAACCAAUAUGAUUUAAAUGUAUACAUAUGUUUUAAAUUAGGGCUGCCUGUGGGCAAGACAAAUUCAUUUGCUAUGAACAGCUCUGCUUGAAAUCUAAUAUGCAGUUUAUUUACUAUUGUUAACUGAAUACAGAGCGAAUAGCAGGUGAGUGCAAGCAGAGCAGUUGUAAUUCCAUCAAGAACUUUUGGUUACAUCACAAAUUAUGAGAACAAAGCAUGAUUCACCAGUAUCCUCUGACUGAUUUACAGCCUCUUCCAUUAGAAGAGGACUGCAAUUGAAUCAGAUCUGAGAUCGGGAUCCAUGAGAAUUCUAUCCAUCCAUAGCUGCAUGUCAUUAUCCUCUUAAAUUUCAUGUGGCAUCCUCUCAUUUUACUACUCCCCACUGGCUUCUGUCAUCUUACAGUUGUUAUGUCUUCCUCCUUGAAAUGUUUUCUCUCCCUUUUGUAUUGAUAUCUCCUAAAUUUAUAGUAUUUUGCACAACUUCUCUUCUUCAAGUAAAACAAACUACCAAGCAAACAUCUGGUGUGAUCACAUUAGAAUUCUUUUUCACCCAUGUGUCAAGGUAAUUGUAGCUGUGUGCCCUCAAGUCAUCUAAACACUAGGUCCUAGCUGUAAUUCUGACUUCAUAGAGUGCAGGAGUUUGUCAAUUAUCAAAUUAAUAAGUGGAGAAGAAAAGAGACAAGUCCUCACAUGUUCACAGAGAUAGUUUCUCAAAAAUCAAUUUUUUGGAGGGGGGGAAAAAAAAGGGGGAGAAAAACUCAAUUCAGAUCCCAGCUAUUCUAUCAGAACUUCAGAGAAGCUCUACAGACUCUUUCCCAAAACUGUACAAGUCUCUCUUGUAUUUCAACCCCAAAAAAUCAGUUUCACUUCCAGCCAGCUCUAACGAUCACAUUCCCAUAGGCUUAACAUUUUGAAUGGUACGGCAGUAAAUCAAAACAUGAAUCUCUCCACAGUGUGAUGAACAGGGUCAAGAGAAAAUGAGAACCUGAUAGUGACUACAGAUGCCACCUACAGCACAGCUGAAGCAUCUGUCAAAUCAAUAUUUGGUUUGACAUUGUACAUGUGGACGCCUAGGUUUUGAACAUUUCAUUUUAAAUAAUUGGUAAUGUUCCCUAAUUUUUCAGCUGCUUUGGAAUGUAGAGUCAGCCAGGUGGACAAAAAGCACUAGAAAAUAUACAAGUAGCAAAGCACCUUGCUACCUGCAUGAAGCCAGGCCCCAUUAGGCACUGAGAAACACUUUCUCUCCACCAGACUGUGAAUGUUAACCAGUAGCUUGCUGCUAUUGCAGAGCGUGUUGGGGCUUGUGCAAU